AUGCAGAAGCAACUAGUAGCCACUCAGGCUGCAAACACGGAGACGACAGUCAGUAAUGAGAUGCUAUUAACGCAUUUAAGGCAUUCGCGUAUUACACAUCCCGGAAACGGUCCGCGAUCAAUGGCCGGAGAGGACACCGCCGUCCAUAACAAUGCGGUUGAAGCCUCCGCCAACGUCCGCACCAAUGCCUUCAGCACCACCACGGGAAGCGUCGGUGCUUUACAACACAACAUAGUUAUAGAGGACCAGUCCUCUAACACCCAAACUGCGCAAGCUGCACAUGUCGUCGAAACGAAACGUAAACGAAAUGCCGAGGUCCUUGAUAGCCAGCCACAGGCAUCGGGAUCUUCCACCGAAAGUCCGCAAAAUUCUCGUGAAGGUAAGUUAGACCUCCAUACAACUUCCGGGAGUCUCCUCCCUGCCCCCUCCCAAGCCGAAGGCUCGUAA